AUCAAGAAACCCAAAGGAAAUAAGGAAUUUACCAAAAGCUUACCCAUCUUGACCAAGUCGGAUAUUUUGCGUGAAGCAAUGAAUAGACUGAAGUCUCUUCAUCAAUAUGGUAUUGGUCUUGGUGACUUUGCUGGGUAUCACGAAAGCGUUAUUGUUAAUGAUGGUGAAGUCUCAAUUUUAGCCACACGUAAUUUUGGAGAUGGUGUUCCAGAUUCGAUCAAAAAAUCGGACACAGAGGAUCUGAGUGAGAUAAUUGCCAGUGGGAAAAUAAUUGAGCUGUGAUGUAUGGCCUUCAUUUUUGUAAGAGGAUUGUUUAAAUAUUGUAGUAGUUUGUCGUGUGUAUUGAUCCAAUUGGUAUCCUUUUCUUUUAAAAAGUGACACUUUCAGAAAAAGGCGGGUCCUUCAUGAGGUGUGACAGCGAUAAUGAAAUCAUCUGUGAUUUUGCUACAGUAUAGUAUUUUCUUGUUUUUGUUGUUGUUGAACGUUAGCAACUCGUGAUCCAAUUCCGCUUG